GACUAAUUGUUAUACCUCCAAAGCGGAGUCGAGUGUGUAUUACCCUCGUAGUACCUACAUGUGCGAUUGUAUUUUUCAACGCCUAAAAAAGUAGUAUAAAGUGCUGUACACGUUCACAUGAAUGCGUGUGCAUGCACACUCAAAGGUUCCAGAGCAAUGGGGACAUGGUGAACGAUGAGUUCUGGCAUGGGUUCCCAAACCUUGGAGAUUUUGCGCCAGGGCAUCUGGGCAAGUCUCACAGGAGGCUGGUUCUAUGAUCCCCACCUGGAUGUUUUCUCCAACACCUUUCAUCUUUAUGUUUGGCUCUUUUUGCUCUGUCUCCCUUUUACCAUCUAUCUUUAUUUUCCGCCGUCGUUGUACGUUUGGUUGUCCUACUGCUCGACGAUCAUCCUGCUCUUUGGGACCAUCAAGUGCAUCAAUCAUGCGUUACAUCGGGUCUACGACACGAGCGAGUGCCUGGAGGAGCCGAACCAGAACAUCAGCCUGCAAAAGCUCGAGAGCGAGAAGAAGAGAGAUUCUCGUACCAAAAGACGGGAGCAGCCUCAGGAUAACGAUUUCUUGGGCAUCGAGCUCCAGGUCUUGAAUGGUAAAACCAACACCCCGCCUGUGGAGUGCUCGUCGAGAAACUCGUACAUUGAACCGAACGCUCAGAACGCCGAUGCCGAUAGCAUAACGUCCGAUUACACGAGAGAUAAACCAAACUCGACCAUCGAUCUAAAGGUCGAGAUUCAUCGUAAAAACAGUUCUGAGAGUUCAGAGGAGGCUGCCCAGUUAAACAAGCCGAUCGUCACUAGAAAGAGCAGGUCAACCUCGCGGAAGUUCUGUCGGCAUGCGUCAGAGGAUUCCAGAACCCGUUACUCGAAAUCGAAUAAUCUCGGGAAAACGGGUUCAGAGAGCCAAAUCAAACAGACCAGCUCCCUCGAGCUUGAACAGGCGGACGAGUUCGAGUACUGGAAAUACAAUCAGAGCGUGCGUAGGCUUAACUCCAGCUCGAUUCCUAUGGAAGCUCAGCUGCUCAAUGACCACCCACAGAGCCUUGAAAUCAUAUCCUCGAAAAAAGAUGAUUCGGAUAAAAAUAAGAUCCCCUCGCAUCCGCAGUCCCUGGAGGUCAUUUCAAAAAUGCCGCACCAUCAACUCGUUCACCCUCAAAGUCUUGAAACGAUCAGAGCAUCGAGUAAGAUCGCUAAUCCGACGGACGACAAUAAUUUACCCUUGCACCCUCAGAGUUUAGAAAUGAUUAAUUCAAAAAAGGUUUUGCCGCAAAAUACGAUAAAACGAUAUCAACUGCAGUUGCUGCCAUAUCUGAGUUGUGGGUCGGAAAUCGUGCAUCCAAUAGCCGAGCAGAGCGAUGAACAAGUGACUGCCGAAAGCUCUGGUCGUUUCAAUCAAGAGUCCUACAGCCCGUUACUUAUGCGCAAAGACGAUGAUAGAUAUUUAAGGUAUGUUGUAGAUACGACGGUCGACAAUGAUUCAGCUAAUUCGCGUGAUGCUCUGUUGGAAGAACCAAAGCCGAUGUCAAAGAGAAAGUUGAGCAAUACUAGUCAGAGCAGUUGGGAUCUCUCUGAUGGCGAGACUCCCAAGGAGAGGCGAAAAGAAAAAAUGAAGCAAGAGGAGCCGGCUAACGGGGGCAGUAUCGUUGGCAUCGAUUGGCUCUUUGAAAACGGUGAAGGCGAACCGUGGACCAACAAAAUACUAUGGACUUCGCAGAAAUCUGACGAUACAGAUGCGUCCGAUAGUAUACAGACAGCUAGUACAGAUUAUCUGCAAGGCAAAGAGCCAGACUCAGGUUCAUCAAGCACUACAACUCUGAGUCUCGAGAACGAAGUCAAGCGCAAACUGCUUCCCAGUCAAUCAGAAGUGGACAGUAAGCGCCAGCAAGGAGCCAUACCCAAGCAAAGUCGUGCCCGGCUCAACGCCAUAAUCGCCAGCAACAGCAGCAACAAUCACAACAGUAGCAGUAAUAACAACACCAGCAGCAGCAGUAGUAAUAAUAAUAUGAGCAGCAGCACCGACGCGGGCAACACUGACAUAGCUGCAGGUGCAAUCGGUGAUGACGAGGAUAACGUGGUCUCAGCCGCGGCCAUGGCUGCUGUGGCUGCGACGCCCGAUGCUGUGAUCACUAGAUACCGGCAGAUGGCCAAAAUGAAGCAGAAAAAGAUGAUAAUGGCCAGGUUGAGGCGUGAGCGCGCGAGCAUGACUACCAGCAGUAAUCCUGGUGCAAGCACGAGCCACAGUGCUCCUAUCGAGUACGACUCGAGUAAUCUACAAGUGACUAAGCACAGACGCAUGCUGCCGGCCACACCGACCAACGACUCGUUGAUAACACUCGCGCUUCCAUCACCGCCUGCCCCGAUUAUGCCAAAUCCCUCGUCACCGCUGUUAGCUGCGUUGUUCCAGACAGGCAGGCAAGUUACUGCGACAGCGAUCGGUGACCCAAUGGAUCUGAGAAGACCACCACCGCCGCCAGCUGCCGAGGCUCGGGGCUCGAGGUCUAAGUACAAAAGGCUGCACAGAUCGAACGGCAGGAGACGGAGGCAUCCUCGGACCAAUCACCCCUCCCAUCAGGAUCAGGAGUUUCUGGCACUCACUCAUGUCCUGUACCACAUAACGACAAACACAGACACAACCGAAGAUCCGGUGCAUUACUUUCGAGACGAUACGGGUCGCUGGGUGGCGUACACGAUAGACGAGAACUCGCCCACGUUAAAAUUACCUGGAGCGAUGACCGCGGCAGUGCCCAGCGGACCGCAAGGCCUUACCUCGGCGGCAGCUCGUUCUUUACCACCCGAGCACAAUGAGCGCCUGCUGAACACUCUGCUUCGACAGCAUUUGAAUCAGAACCUAUGUUUCGACCUCAAUUAUGCAAUGUCCGACAUAAAUGACGCGCCGAGUCUUUCCAACAACAACUACAGCAGUCCGUCGGUAAAUUCUGCCGGUCUCGCAGUGAUUCUCGAUUCUCCCUCGAUGCCAACAAUACAGACUUUCACGUCUCCAGUGAACAACAAUAACCACAUCAACAUGAACAAUAAUAACAAUAUCAACAACAACAACAACAACAGCAUCAUCAACAACAACAACAACAAUAACAAUCAUGGGAGUAGCACCAGUGCCAUUGGCAACAGCAGCGUCAGCGUGAAUGGUCAAACAAAGAUUCAGAACCCGCUGCAGGCAAGCUCGUCAGCGGCGAGCGCCUCGAAUCAGGCUAUCGUUGCCUCGACGAGUGGCAUCUGUACUCAAAUGUACGAGGGUCCCACAGUGCCAACGCCGCAAUUGCCCUACUGCCAAUUCAACAACUUUGCCGACCGGCACAGACGACUGCAAAGCUUACUCGGGAAUCUUGAUUCCGUGAGCAUGCUGUCCAACAGCACUCCCAGCGAACCUCCUCCACCCAAUCAGUAUUUACAGAUGCCGCUAAUCACGCUACCCGCGCAUCAAGAGAAUUUAUCGUGGAAUCGCUUCAUCAACGACUUCAGAGGCUUUGAGGAACUCAGUCAACCUAAGCCCAAGUCAACGAGGCACUACUACAAGUGGUACAUCGGCAAGUUGCCACACAUCAAGGUCCGCUUCGAUCGUCUGUCCUUGCUUGCGCUUCUCGACCGAAACCUCACGCUCUUGGAGACCAUGAUGGCAACCCUACUGGCAGCCGCGGUCGCCGGCUUUGGCCUACUUAUAUUGCAGCAGGGUUUUUACAAGGACAUCUUUGCAUUUCUGUUUUGCUUUGUGAUCGCAGGCUGUCAGUAUUCGUUGCUAAAGUCCGUACAGCCGGAUGCUGCGUCGCCAACUCACGGCUUCAAUCGGAUCAUCGUAUUUUCCCGGCCGAUAUAUUUCAUCCUGUGCACGAGCAUAAUCAUGAUCUUAGAUGUGUCGCUCCAAAGCUACAGCGGCUCGGACAAGAAGAUAUUCGGCAUGAAAAUCUUUGACCGCAACGUGAUAUCCCAAACGCGGAACGUUCUCCUCAUAUUCCUGCUCUUCUUUCCGGUCGUCUUUUCGCUCGGCCUAUUCCCUCAAAUCAACACGUUCCUAAUGUACCUUUGCGAGCACAUCGACAUACACAUAUUCGGCGGUAACGCCACCACCAGUCUAGUCUCGUCCAUCUAUUGCCUCUUUCGCAGCGUAGUCACAGCACUUGUACUCUCUGGUUUUGUUUACGGUGCACUGGUCGAGGCCAAUGCGACCCAACACAUAUUAUUCUCGAUUUUUUUGGGUCUUUUGGUAGCCGUCUCAUACCACCUCAGCAGAUCCUCGUCGGACCCAAGCGUUAUUUGGGAUAUCGUGAAAUCAAAUAUAUUGCCGCAAACGUACUCCGGGGAGAAGCCAGUUCAAGUGAUCGAGAACACGUCACAGGCUCAGCAAGGAACAGCGCGACGCGAUCCUUCGCCCAAACGAGAACGUAUAACUUCUUCCGGUCGACGGUCCACCCCAAAAUCCAAUACUUCCAAGGCCAAAAAGAAACACAUGAAGAUCGUUGUAAAUGAUACGGUUUCUGACUCCGAUCUCGUCGAUCUACUGCCUCAAAAGCUGAGAUCAACAGUCAAAGCUCGGUUAAAAAACGACGUGAUUGCGUGCUCGGUCGUUGGAAUCCUGUCAUUUGCCAUUCACGCCUCUACCGUCUUUACUGCCCUUCAACCCGAUAUCUACACUUUUCUUAGGACGUUCACCGGUAUUCUAGGUUUUCUGCUUCACUACGUUAUGCCUCAACUGAGGAAGCAACUGCCAUGGCUGUGUUUAGCAAGGCCGGUUCUACGAAGUUACGAAUACGCACAAUUCGAGGUUAAAGAGCCAGUGAGAAUAAUGUGGUUCGAAAAACUCUAUGUUAUCCUGUGUUUCUUUGAGCGCAACAUCCUCUACCCAAUACUGUUUCUCAGCGUGAUAACCGAGUGCGCCGGAACGAUCAGCAAAAAUUACGGAUCCAGCAUGGGUGCCAUCAUCAUCGCCACCUGCGGCCUGAAAGCCUUGCGCUCUACCUACUCGGACCCUUCAAAUCGCUACCUCGUCCUCAUCUUUGCGGAUCUGCUCUUUCGCAACGACUUUCACGAGCGCACAGAGUCUCUGCUCAUCGACUUUGUCGUCACCGCCAUCGCUUUCGCCAAGAUACACGAGCUCUACCUCAAGAUACAGUUCAUCGUCACCUACAUCGCGCCCUGGCAGAUCACGUGGGGCAGUGCAUUUCAUGCAUUCGCUCAGCCGUUUUCUGUGCCACACUCGGCGAUGCUGUUCUUGCAAGCAGGUAUCUCAGCUGUGCUAAGCGCCCCGCUCAAUCCGUUACUUGGGAGUGCGAUAUUCAUCAGCUCGUACGUGAGGCCCGUCAAGUUUUGGGAGAGAGAUUAUAAGACUAGACGGGUGGACCACUCCAACACGCGUAUGUCGCUGCACCUCGAGCGUAAUCUCGGUGCUGACGACAACAAUCUUAAUUCGAUCUUCUACGAGCAGCUGACGCACUCGUUGCAGCACAGUUUGUACGGUGAUCUAGCGCUGGGUCGUUGGGGCGCGGUUGAGCAGGGCGACUGUUUUCUUCUCGCCUCGGACUAUCUGAACUGUCUGGUGCACGUGGUCCAGCUAGGAAACGGUCUUGUGACGUUUCAAUUGCGUGGACUCGAGUUUCGUGGCACAUAUUGUCAGCAGCGAGAAGUCGAAGCCAUCUCCGAGGGAAUCGAGGAUAACGACAACUGCUGUUGUUGCGAGAUGGGUCAUUCUUCACAUGUGCUUAGCGUCAAUGCGGCGUUCAGCCAGCGAUGGUUGGCCUGGGAAGUUGCGAGCUCGAAAUAUGUUCUGGAGGGUUACUCGAUAUCAGAUAAUUCUGCGGCUUCGAUGCUACAGGUUUUCGAUUUUCGCAAAGUUUUAGUUACCUACUACGUAAAGAGUAUUAUUUUUUACGCUGUAAAAUCACCAAAGCUCAAGCAAUGGCUUGAAAAUAAGGAUAUAUUCGAUGCGCUGAAGCAAACGUUGGAUAAAAAUUUUGUGGAUCUAGAUCCAGUGUUCAAUAUGAACAUUGACGAGGACUUUGAUUUUCGAGCCAGUGGCAUUACUAGAAGUAGUUUUUGCAAUGUUUACUUGGAUUGGAUACAGUUUUGUGCAUCGAAACAGGAUGAAACUCUAGAGAAAUCCCGAGACUCGUGCCUUGUAUCACUCUGUUUAUCUUUGAGUCUACUGGGAAGACGCGUACUUGGAGCGGCUUCUCACAAUACAGUUUCUAGUGUUGAGUUUUUUCUCUACGGCCUACACGCUCUUUUUAAAGGCGACUUUCGGAUAACAUCGAUUCGCGAUGAGUGGGUCCUACACGAUGUAGCAUUAUUGCGCAGUGUCGUAGCUAAGGGCGUCCGUAUGGCCCUAAAACUCCAUCAGGAUCAUUUCAUGAGCCCCGAAACAUACGAAGAGGCGUUAGCGCUCUACAAUGCCAUUGACAAUCACGAUCGAAAUAUCGUCAUUAGCCACGAGGCCGACCCUCUUUGGAGGAACGCUAUCCUUAGUGGCGCACCAAGCCUUUUGGCUCUAAGGCGGGUAAUGGAUGAAGGCAUGGACGAGUACAAAGUUAUUAUGCUAAACAAGCGGUUCCUCAGCUUUCGUGUGAUAAAAAUGAACCGCGAAUGUGUUCGGGGCUUAUGGGCUGGUCAGCAACAGGAAUUGGUGUACUUGCGGAAUCGAAAUCCGGAACGAGGUUCAAUACAAAAUGCAAAGCAAGCCCUACGCAAUAUCAUUAACAGCUCGUGCGAUCAGCCUAUCGGUUAUCCCAUAUACGUAUCGCCUCUAACAACUAGUUACGCCGAAACAAACGAACAGCUUUGCUCGAUAGUUGGCGGCCCUCUAAGUCUCAACGCCAUCAGAGAUAACAUUCUGCGCGUUUGGAGAAGGCUUAGAAAAAAAUGUGGCCAAGGAUGUUCAUCUGGUGGUACGGGGUCUCACGAUGACGGUGGAUUUGGUAAUGAAGGAGUUUAUUCCAUGACAACUUACAACGUACAUACAGGGUACAAUCAGUCGGGACACAAUACGUCGGGUUCUCAAUCCAUGGAAUCGGGCUGUCAAAUAGUCGGCUUACCGGGUAGAGGUUCACUAGGUCGGGGAAACACCAGCUCGGUCGCGGCUAACUGUCGAGGCUCGCUCGCCUCAAUGGGUAAGCCAACCAGUUCAACGCUCGCUAGUCUCGCAGGUCUUCUCAAUAGCAGUGACCUCAAGCCCGAGACGAAGAAUGAAACCAGUUUCAGUUCUAAGCUUGAGAAAGAAGAAGUGCUCCAAAGAGUUAGGAUAACGGACGAGAACGCAGUGUACGAUUCAAUAAAUCUGAACCGGCCAAUCGAUGUUUACUGGCCGGACGAACGAAUGCGUCAGAUGGGUGGACGAUCUGGUUGGCUCAACUGGAGUCCACGCAAUGGUAUGGAAGGCUGCGUUGUGCACAGGUGGUUGCCCAACCAUCGCGAUCCCAAUCACCGAUCUCACGUCGACAAGGUUGUGCUACUCGUUCGCAUUGAUGAUAAGUAUGUGCCGAUUGCAGAGCAAGGUGUGAGAGAUCUCGGCGCAGAGGUCUAGUGUUUAUUUAUUUAUGAAAGUACUCGUGCAAUAACACGGUUUAUCGUGUGACAAAAGGUGAUCGAGAAGUGGAUUUUUUUUUCCUGGAUCACCAUUGUUAUCUGCGGCAAUGUGAUUUUUUGCAAAAACUAAUUUUAAUUCUCAGUCGUACCAUUCAUCUUCCAGUAAGUAACUUUUCUUUUAUUUUUUUAUUAUUAUUUUAAAGUCUGGAAAAAAUAUUUUCUUGUGAUAUUAACAAAAGUUGAUCGAAUUUCCAUGAUAUUGUAUUUUUUUUUUUUUUACUUUCUAUUAAAUUUUUGAAGAGUUAUAAAGAUUUUUUUUGUCAGACGAGCUAAACGUAGAAUAAAAAGUUGGUUUCAUUUUUUGUUAUAAAAAGCGAGACAUUCUCGUCAGCUAUGUAAAUACGGGUAAAUGUAAAAUAAUUAAGUUAGUGUUAAAAUCAUCAGCAGCUAACAUAACGUAUGAAAGUUUUUUGCCACGAUUGAUGCUGCCAACACCAAAAUCUUGUACCAUAGUGUAAUAUAAAAUUCCUUAAAAAAUGCUCAUCGUGGAUUCAGGGAAAUAUUUAUAUAUACAGCUGUAUAGGUGUGUGUGUGUGUGUGUGUGCGUGCGUUAGAUGUAUUUUAUUCUGAGAAUGAUAAUUAUUAAUUGCCGUUCGAAUGUUGUAAAUAACAGAUAGAUAAUUGCGAUUUUCUAUACUUUUGUUACUUUUUUUAAAGUCAACGUAAUGGAACAAAAUCGAUUUGUAAAUAAACAAAAACUGCUGUAAAGAUUGAUAAUGUUGUUCUAACAAACAUGUAAAAUAGAUAAACGGAAAAGUACAGCGAGACAUAUCGGUGCUUCGAAAAAAAAAAGAACGUGUUAUAUUUUUCAUGCGUCAAAAGUGGAAUUGGUUGUACAUAAACUAAUUGUUACUUAAAACUGAUGUUUUUUUUUUUUAGAAAUAUCUUAUUAGUAAUUUUCGUAUCCCCUCAAACGCACAGUUAUCAAUGAUUACUUUAUUUUAUUCAGCAUUUUAUUACAAUUUCAAGCCAUAAGUGUGUUUCGGUCAGAAUUAUCGAUGAAUUUACGGUUAUUCCAACAUAAAUUUCAGAUAAAAAUAAAAUUUUGAUUGUCUGCUUUAAAAAAUUUGUUGCUAUUCUCGGGUAAAUAGGCAAAAAGGUAAAGAAAACCAAACAAAAAAAAAAAAGAAUAUCAACAACCUACGAGUUUGUCAAUGAAUUGAUAUAGGUUGUACUGAUCGUUCGAUCUUACUUCAAUGAAAAAAAAAUACGCAAAUGUAAGCUGUAAACUUACAACACACAUGGCCUUAUAUACGAUGGUGUUGUGGCGGAAAAACAAAACGAGCCGACACCUGACUGAUUAAACGAAAAUAUAAAUAGAUACUACUAGCAACUCCAUUAGUUAUUAUAAAUACUAUUUAUGUAUAUUAUAAAAAAAAUUAGCUAGUCUUUUAAACUGCUGACAUACACACGCAAGUACUUGUACUGCUCGCUGCCAAGAGAACAGUAAAGUCUGACUCGACGGAGAAAAAAAAAAUUGUAAAUGUUUGAAAACGCUGAGAAUUAUUUAUUUUGUUCAUGUCUAAUACAAGAAAAAUGCCUAAGAUCUCUAUACUUAGUGAUUUACUUGGCUGCUUGUUCAUCAUCAAGACUCGUUACAUAUAGAUAUUUUCGUGUUUAUUAGAAAAAACUAUAGCUCUUUAUGUUGAAAUUAAGGAGGAACGGGGAGAGGGGUACGUUUAAAUGAUCGGU